AUGUUGAGAAACUCCACUUCAGUGCUUAAGAAGUCACUUAAAUUGGCUCAGAGACAGCCUUUCUCCACGACUUUUAUCAGAUCUACCACUAUCAAGUCGAUUCCAGAUGCUAAUGACGACACGGCUACCGGCAAGUACAUUACUACUGUGACCAAGCCAUAUACUGUGACAACUUAUGCUCGUCCAAACUUGGUAAUCACCCACGGAAAAGGUUCUCAUUUGUACGACUUGGAAAACAGACAGUACUUAGACUUCUACUCCGGAAUUGCCGUGACUUGUCUAGGACAUUCAAACCCAGAAAUCACCAAUAUUAUAAACGAUCAGGCUGGAAAAUUGAUGCACUGCUCUAAUCUCUUCUACAACUUGCCAGCUGGUGAGUUGGCCAACAAAUUGGUGGAUAAGACCAAACAGUCCGGCGGUUUGCACGAUGCCCAAAGAGUGUUCUUGUGUAACUCUGGUACUGAAGCGAAUGAAGCUGCAUUGAAGUUCGCCAGAAAGUAUGGUAAGACUAUUAGUCCGAAUAAGACCGAGAUAAUCACCUUCGAAAACUCGUUCCAUGGUAGAUCCAUGGGUGCUUUGUCGGUGACUCCUAACCCUAAGUAUCAGCAGCCUUUUGCACCAUUGAUUCCUGGUGUUCAGGUGGCUACUCCAGAGGAUAUCAACAGCGUGGCUAAUCUCAUCAGCAAAGAAAAAACCUGUGCUGUUAUAAUAGAACCUGUUCAGGGUGAAGGAGGAGUCACUCCUAUUUCUGCGGAGUUCUUGCUCCAAUUGAGAAAGUUGUGUAGUGACAACGAUGUCUUAUUGAUCUAUGAUGAAAUUCAAUGUGGCUUGGGUAGAACCGGUAAGUUAUGGGCUCACUCUUAUUUGCCAAAGGAAGCCCACCCAGAUAUCGUCACAAUUGCCAAGGCUCUUGGUAACGGCUUCCCUAUUGGAGCCACCAUGAUCACCGAAAAGGUCGAAAACGCUUUGCAAGUCGGAGACCACGGUACCACGUAUGGUGGCAAUCCAUUGGGCUCGAGAAUCGGUUCCUAUGUUGUUGAUACAAUCAGUGACGACAAGUUCUUAGAAGACGUUCAGCACAAGUCCGAUUUGUUUGUUGCUGGUUUGAACAAGAUCGCUGAGAAGUACCCAGAAAACAUCGACACUGUCAAGGGAAAGGGUUUGUUGUUGGGAUUACAAUUCAACUCUAGCUUGGAUAGUGGCAAGGUGGUUGCCAAGUGUCGUGAAAACGGCUUGUUGGUGAUCACAGCCGGUAUGAAUGUCCUUAGAAUCGUUCCAGCUUUGAAUAUUCCUGAAGAUGUCAUUGCUGAAGGUUUGGCAAUCAUAGAUGCCAGUAUUUCCCAGGUCCUUGCUGAUUAG